AUGCUGAUGAACGAUUCCCGCAAGCUACACGAACUCAUGCAAUCGUUUAUUCAAGUUUGUGAUGUAAUCAGCGAAGUGAAGAGAUACGAGAGUAAUUAUUUAUUACUAAUUAUGGUGGAGAUUAUAUUUCAUAUACCAGUUGUUCUAUACAAGUUGAUCGUAUCUAUAGGUUUGACAGGUAAGGGCAUCAACAAAAAUUCCUUGACAGUCCUAAUCGAGCUCUCUAUUUGGGCUAUUCACCUGCUUAUGCGACUAAAGACCAUCGUUGGACCAUGCUACCGAACAGUAAAUGAGGUCAAUCAAACCAAAUCGAUAUUGUGUCAGCUCAUGUGCCGCGUGCCACAAGACGACGUGGUUCUCGUUAAGAAGUUGGACCUCUUUAUGUUAUCGGCGUUGCGGCUACUUACG